AGGAGCUAUUCACAAUGAUCAUGCUGUUGCCAAGACUAAGAGAACUAGUGUUAUAUCAGAGCAUAUAAAUGGCAAGCCAGCUCUAGAUUGGUCGAGGAGAAAGAUGAUAGCACUGGGUACAUCACGAGGGCUGCUUUAUUUGCACGAACAGUGUGAUCCAAAAAUAAUCCAUCGUGAUGUAAAAACCUCCAUUGUGCUUCUUGAUGAAUAUUUUGAAGCAAUAGUCGGAGAUUUUGGAUUGGCGAAACUUUUGGAUCACCAGGAGACCUAUGUUACCACGGCAGUGCGUGGCACCGUGGGACACAUAGCUCCAGAGUAUUUGUCAACUGGCCAGUCAUCAGAGAAGACAAAUGUGUUUGGGUUUGGAGUCCUGUUGGUUGAGUUGAUCACUGGCCAAAAAGCAUUGGAUUUUGGAAGACUAUCAAAUCAGAAGGGCGGAGUGCUUGAUCUGGUAAAGAAGCUCCAUCAGGAAAAGCAGCUGAACAUGAUGGUGGACAAGGACCUCGGCAGAAACUACGACAGGGUGGAGCUGGAGGAGAUGGUGCAGGUGGCUUUGCUGUGCACGCAGUACUACCCGUGGCAUAAUUCCAACAACCCGUCCCACCGCCCCCGGAUGUCGGAGGUGAUCAGGAUGCUGGAAGGGGACGGGCUCGCGGAGAAAUGGGAGGCGUUGCAGAAUGUCGACACGCCAAAGUCCGUCUCGUCGGAGCUCCUGCCCCUGAAGUUCACUGAUUUCGCGGGGGCCGACGAGUCCUCGGUCGGCCUCGAGGCCAUGGAGCUCUCCGUACCAAGGUGACCGGCGACGGCGACCAAUUUGAUCGCGUAGAUGCUUGCUUGUGCCUCAAUGGAUGU